GUGAAAUUUGCGAAAAGUUGAAAAAGUAAGAUUUCGUUAUCAAUCAUCAUAAUUGCUCUUAUCACAUUAUAUUUAUUCAUUCCGUAUUUCCGUGGACUUUACGUUUUUACCGUUCAUUUUUCUUCGUUCAUUCGUUCAACUGUGAUAUGUUAUAGAUAACUCAAAGAAACUGAAUCAUUUUUGUUAUUGUAAAUUAAUUAUUCACUAUUUAUUGCAUUUCCACAUGUCUUCUGCAACUUUUGGCCAAAAAAGUUUUCAACCAACACCUCCUGAAAAGGGUAGUUUCCCAUUAGAUCACCAAGGGCAGUGUAAAAAAACUGCUUACAAAUAUAUGUUUUGUUUAAGUGUUAACAACGGGGACAAUUCACAGUGUCGUCAAGAGGCCAAAGAUUAUUUGGAUUGCCGUAUGCAAAAUGAUUUGAUGGCAAAAGAAGAAUGGACUAAACUUGGAUUAGCUGACGUCAAAAAUACCAACGACAGUACUUAAUACAACUUAAUAAUCAUGCCACA